AUGGAUAAAACGAAAGCUGUCAAAAUUGCCGUCAUUGGCGGCAGUGGACUUUAUAAAUUUGACCACUUAACUCCGAUAAAAGAGAUUUAUCCAGAGACUCCAUGGGGUUAUCCGAGCAGUAAAAUUGUCAUAGUUGAAGACUCCCGAGGUUCUCAAAUCGCUUUUCUUUCUCGACAUGGUGCUGGACAUAAAUACAAUCCUUCUGAAGUGCCAUCAAGAGCAAACAUAGCUGCCUUAAAACACAUUGGCGUGGAAGUUAUUAUCGCCUUUUCAGCUGUUGGAUCUCUUCGAGAAGAAAUAAAGCAUCAAGAUUUUGUCCUUCCAGAUCAGAUUAUAGAUCGAACAAAAGGAAUUCGACCUUCUACUUAUUUUGAAAGCGGAAUCGUAGCUCACACGACAUUUGCAGAUCCCUUCUGCUCAUCACUUGCUGAAAUUAUUUAUUCGCAUCGACAUUGUCUUGGAACAAACAUCACUUUACAUCAUAAUAAAACGCUUGUAUGUAUAGAAGGACCUGCGUUUAGUACAAGAGCUGAAUCUCACUUAUAUCGAAGUUGGGGAUGUGACGUUAUUAAUAUGUCUGCAUUACCCGAAGCAAAAUUAGCAAAAGAAGCUGAAAUUUCUUAUCAAAUGAUAUGUAUGUCGACUGAUUAUGAUUGUUGGAAGCAAGAUGAAGAAUCUGUUUCUGUUGAAGUGGUAGUUUCAAAUUUAAAUAAAAAUGCCGAAAAUGCGAAAAAAUUAUUUGAAGAGAUAUUGCCAGAUUUAGAGAAGGCCUAG